UCAGUAUUGUCGCAUUGAUGAUCGAGCAUAAUCAUGGAACAUAUAAAAUUAAUUCCUGAUUGGACUUACGAUGAGUCCACGAAGAUCAUCUCGACACCGGACAAUCCGUUCGUGCCGCAUCCGAAGGGCCUCGGACACCUGCUUUUCGAAUCCAUGAAAAAACACUCAAAAAAUGUCGCUCAGAUCAAUGGGGAAACAGGUGAAUUGGAUUAUUACUCUUCGUUUUUCGAGAGAAGUUUGCGAACUGCCAUUGAGAUGAAGAGCAGAGGGAUUAAGCCCAAAGACGUUGUCAGUGUUUGCUCGCACAACCAUAUGAACAGUCAUCUUCCGCUGAUUUCUGCAGCUUUCGUGGGAGCCCAUUUGGCUGCAUUGGAUCCGGCUCUAUCCGAAGAAGAUAUCAAGCAUUUAGUUAAUGAAGUCGAUCUCAAGUUGAUAUUUGUUGAUGAAAAGAGCGAAGCGACAAUUCGUAAAGUAGUGAAUGAGUCUAAGCUGAGCACGCAAAUAAUUGUUUUUGAAAGGGAUUUCGGCGAAUUCGUGGAACCGAAAAAGGACGAAGAAGAGUUUCAACCUUUCAUUCCUGAUAGCUUGGAUGAAACGGCUUUGAUUCUCUUCAGCAGCGGAACCACGGGGUUACCAAAAGGCGUUUGCUUGAGUCAUGCUUACAUCCUUUACUACAGCAAUGAUCAAGUUUUAGAUGUGAGCUUGGCAUUCACUUCUUUGUACUGGAUUUCUGUUACCAUCCUCAUGACCACGAUUAUCAUACAAGGAAAGGCUAGAUUGGUGUGCAAAAGAUUCGAUUCCAAACAAAUUUGGUACGAUAUCAACGAGUUUAAGGUGAAUUACUUAUUCUUGUCGCCGUAUUACACGAACCAAAUGGUCGAGAAUAAACCUGAAGAUUUUACCAGUUCUUUAAUCGCUAUGGUCAUUGCUGGAAAUCAAAUGUCUUCGGAAGAGUUGAAGACUGCCAGAGCUGCAAUGCCCAACACCGUUGUGUUCUUUUGCUACGGCCAAACCGAACUCACCUUCUUAGCAAAUCCUCUAUACGAAAUAGUUUGGACUAAACCAAACUCAGUCGGUUGUCCAGUAACUGGGGUCACGUACAAGAUCGUAGAUCCCGAAACGGAACAAACAGUUGGUUUGAACGAAUCUGGAGAAUUACGCGUGAAAUGCAAAUACGUGAUGAACGGUUAUUACAAGAAAGAUAGCCGCGACGCGUGGGAUGAAGAUGGAUUUCUGAAGACAGGAGACGUCUGCUACUUCGACAAAGACUUCUGUUUGUACGUGGUGGAUCGAGUCAAAGAGAUGUUCAAGUUCAGAGAGAUUCAUUACGUCCCAGCCAAAGUCGAAUGUUUGUUGCAGAAACAUCCCGAAAUUGAAAUGUCCGUCAUCGUCGGAGUGCCGCAUCCAGAAGACCAAAACCACGCUCUGGCUGUUGUCGUUCGCAAAGAAGGAAGUAAAAUAGAAUCGCAGGAAAUCAUCGAUUACGUCGAUAAGCACAUCGACAAUGAUGUUCUUAAGCUUAGAGCAGGUGUUAAAUUUGUUGAAAGAAUGCCGUUAACACCUUCUGGAAAGAUCAAUAGGAGAACUCUCAAGAAGAUGUUCACUAAAUAAAAAAUAGUUUUAUUUUA